AUGCCCUUUCCCCUUUUCAACAGGCACAAUUCAUUCCGGCGCCACCUGCCUCGUCAGAUGAAUGUCACCAGCGUUGACUUCAGCAUGGACACAGUGCCUCUCCGCCAGUCUUCUACCGUGAGCAUCGGAAGAAUAAAGCCCGAACUCUACAAGCAGAAAUCUGUGGACUCGGAGGACGAGGCCAAAGAGCCCGUGGAGACUUGCGGAAAGCUCAGCUUCUCGCUGCGUUACGACUAUGAGGAGCAAGCUUUGGUGGUGAGAAUCCUCAAGGCCUUGGACCUGCCUGCCAAAGACUUCACGGGCACCUCCGACCCGUACGUGAAGAUCUACCUGCUACCGGAAAGGAAGAAGAAGUUCCAAACGCGCGUCCACCGCAAGAAUCUGAACCCCAUGUUUGACGAGACCUUCUGUUUCCCCGUAGUGUACGAUGAGAUUUGCAACCGCAAGCUGCACUUCAGCGUCUACGACUUUGACCGCUUCACCAGCCACGACAUGAUUGGCGAGGUGGUGGUGGACAACCUCUUUGAACUCUCUGAUCUUUCCAGGGAGGCAGUGGUGUGGAAGGAUAUUCAUGCAGCGACUACA